ACCCCCACAACCCAGCCCAGCCCCGCCGCCGCAAACCAAACCAGAGGAAAUGGAAAUAGAGCUCGACUCCCCGAGCCUUCCCACUGCUCCCAUGCCGCGCUCCGGCGAAAUCGCGGCCACCGACGAGACCGCCCCUCUCCCUCCGCCACCGUCGCGGCGUGGUCCCGCGUCGCCUUCCCCGGCCGUCCCCUCUCCGGAGGGCGUGCUCCCCCUUUCCCCUCUCUGCGAUGGCCCCGCCCGGCGCCGCCGCUCCAAGCUUACCCGCUCCGCGGCCGUCGUCGACCAGGGCGCGGGGCCUGCCGGGUCUCCGCGAAAGAAGCGCCGCGGGUCGGGGGCAGCGGCGUCGCCCGGGAAGAACGUCAGGCGGGCGCGGCGCCGGCUGGAGUGUGACGGCGGAAGGGAGGAUGCGGCGGCGGAGGAGGAGGAAGCCGUGGGUAAGGCUCGGGGAAGGAAGAGCGCGGCCGCCAAGGGAGUUGCGAAGGAGAAGAAGGGCCCGGGCUUGGCUUUGGUGCCUUGUUAUCCCCCCGUCAGUCGCACCCGAGGUGCAGAUAAUGCAGAGCAGUCUGACUGGGAAGGUCUCUGGGAAAGGGUCGUCGAAUUGGUGAUGUGGAAGAAUGUUGGGAGAGCAGCAUUUUGGUUUGGCUCGGGAUCUAUGAUUUUCUGCUCUUCUUCAUUCUCAACAGACAUCGAAUUCAGGCACGUGCAACUUUUGAUUCCAAUCAAGAUACUUUGCAACUUUGGUGUUGUGACGUUGGGCUUAGCCUUCUUCAAAGAUUCCAUUAGUCAGAGGCAAAACACUGAACCCGUAAGGAAAUUCCAGUUGACUGAGGAGGAUGUGCUCCGGGUUGCCCAGGCUGUCUUGCCAAUUGCUAACUCCCUCUUUUCCAUGGCCCGAGUGAUCUUCUCUGGUGAUCCGUCCAUGACACUGAAAGUGUUACCUAUUCUUCUGUUUGGUGCGAAGUAUGGUCAUCUGUUAACGUUAUGGAGGCUUCUUGCAAUAGGAUUUUUUGGUUCUUUUACACUCCCAAGACUGUAUAGCUGCUACUCGAGUCAUAUUCGUGAAAAGGUUGAGGGUUUGAAUGCCCGAAUUCUGAAUGCAUGGAAGUCCUGUCCCCGCAAGAAACUCGUUGCAGCAGCUGCAGCUAUAACCUUCUGGAACGUGGUCAGUGUGAAGACACGUGUAAUGGCUGUGCAAAAUAAGACCAACUGUUGGAUGCUGUUGAAGAGUCGAGCACAUGUCAUUGUUGAUAUGCAUCAUUUGAGGAUACAGUUCAGAAAACUGUUUAGUACUUUGUGAAAAAAAUUAACUGUUUGCGCCAGUGGUUAAACUAGUACUGUGCCUUCAUUUCUGUAGCGACACUGCGCUACUACUAUCAGUAUGGAGGAACCAGUAAGAAUUCAGAGAAGGGGAUACCACGCCAACGGGAGCGACAACAAGCAAUGUUGAUGGAAGACUGACAAGCUGCCUCAUGUGCAGCCCAAUGGACAGGUGCUGAGUGUUGAUAUGUAACGAAUCCUUGCGAACGCUUAAGCAGCAAAGAAGCUGUUAUCUGGGUGGUAGGCGCGAUGCAAUGGCUGCUCUGUACUGGUAGUUGUACAGCUGCUUGCUGCAGCGAUUUAGUAUUAUGUGGGGGAAGCUUUAACACUGCAGCAAAGUGAAACCAAGUACAAGAUACAUCUGGUUGUCACGUAUGGUUGUUUGACAUGGCAUGAAUGUUACUGUUGCGUUCUGUAUGAAGCUUGAUGUAGUAUUCUGUGGGGGAAGCUUAUCAUUUUGCUGCUGGGCGAAUCAACAA